CAGUAUCAGUAGAAAAAUUUAAAACAAAAAACAAACCUUAAAGCUUAAAGUCUCCACACCCCCCCCCUCUCUAUGUCUAAACUGUAAGCAGAAGAGGAGAGGAGAGGAGAGGAGAGGAGAAGAGAGCUUCUUCUUCUUCUUCUUAACCCCAGAAAGGUAAAAAGGGAGAAACUUUGUUAAUCUCUUCAAUGGUUGCAGCAGCUCUUACAAAGCCAUAACUCAUUAACUUGGCAUGCUUAGCUGGAAUUAAGACUAAUUGCCGGGCAUGUGAAGACACAGCCCACCGCCUGGACACCCUGUUGAAGUGUCCGAGUGGAGGCUGGGAUCCGUGGAGCUUAGCUGUGGCUGCCUUUUGUGCAUCACAUGCACUGAAUUCCAAAGAAUAAGAAUAGGUGAACUUCUAAGCGAUAGUUGUGUGUGGAGAUUGAUAUUGUAAGAGAGGUGGAGCAUAUCUUAACUGAGCUCAAUCUUCUAUAUUAUUAAACGGAUUUGGCUGUGGUGUGUGCUGAAAUGGGAAUCUUUGAAGAAAUGGGAUUUUGCAACAAUCUGGACUUUUUCUCGGCUCCUCCUGGAGAAAUGGAUGCGGUUCCAGAGCGCGAACCGGGGGCAACAAUCGAGGAGGAUUACAGCGAUGAAGAGAUGGAUGUGGAUGAGCUUGAGAGGAGGAUGUGGAGAGACAGAAUGUUGCUUAGGCGACUUAAAGAGCAGGGUAAGAAUACGGAAGUUGUUGAUCAUGCAAAACAUCGUCAGUCCCAGGAGCAAGCACGGAGGAAGAAGAUGUCACGAGCACAAGAUGGUAUCCUGAAAUAUAUGCUGAAAAUGAUGGAAGUUUGCAAAGCUCAGGGUUUUGUGUAUGGGAUCAUUCCUGAGAAGGGAAAGCCGGUGAGUGGAGCAUCUGACAAUCUCCGGGGAUGGUGGAAGGAAAAAGUCAGGUUUGAUCGGAAUGGCCCUGCUGCUAUCUCCAAGUAUCAGGCAGACCAUUCAAUCCCUGGAAAGAGUGAAGAUUGUGGUCCAGCAGCAUCCACACCUCACACCUUGCAGGAACUUCAGGAUACAACUCUUGGAUCGCUUCUGUCAGCCCUGAUGCAGCACUGUGAUCCACCCCAGAGGCGUUUCCCACUGGAGAAAGGUGUUGCCCCCCCAUGGUGGCCCACUGCGAACGAGGAAUGGUGGCCUCAACUGGGUUUGCCCAAGGAUCAGGGUCCUCCUCCAUACAAGAAGCCCCAUGAUCUGAAGAAGGCUUGGAAAGUCAGUGUUCUGACAGCAGUGAUUAAGCACAUUUCUCCUGAUAUUGCCAAGAUUCGCAAGCUUGUUCGCCAGUCUAAAUGUUUGCAGGAUAAGAUGACUGCCAAGGAGAGUGCCACUUGGCUGGCAAUAAUUAAUCAGGAAGAAACACUGUCCCGGAAAUUAUAUCCAGAUAGCUGCCCUCCUGUGUCUGCUGGUGGAAGUGGUUCGUGUGUCAUCAGCGAUUCCAGUGAUUAUGAUGUUGAAGGAGUGGAUGAUGAACCCAAUGUUGAAGUAGAGGAUUGUAAGCGUCUUGAUGUCAGUCUUUUCAACAUGGCAACGGCAGCUGGACCAAGUGAUAGAUUUAUGAUGCCGCCAGCAGCUCCACAAAUUAAGGGAGAGCUUGUUGAAACAAGCAUGGAUUUCAUUCAGAAAAGGAAGCAGCCUGCUGGCGAGCCACACAUGUUGGUUGAUCAAAAGGUGUAUAGGUGCGAGCAUCCUCAAUGCCCCUACAACGAUUCCGGACUUGGGUUUCUUGACAUCACUGCAAGAAAUAAUCACCAAAUGAAUUGCCCAUACCGCACCAACACUUCUCAGGGACUUGGAUUGUCUAAUUUCCAAAUUAACAAUGACAAACCAGCUGUGUUUUCUCUCCCAUUUCCCCAAACUAAGGCAGCAGCUCCAAACCAGACUCCUUCAUUUAAUGUUUCAGGACUUAGACUUUCAGAAGAUGGGCAAAAAACGAUUUCUGAUCUUAUGUCUUUCUAUGAUACCAAUCUUCAGCGAGACAAGAACAUAAAUCCUGGGAGUGCCAAUGUUAUUGGAGAUCAAAAUCAGCAGCAACUGCAAGAGCAGAAAUUUCAAUUUCAGCUGAACCCCAGGAAUGUGAAUUUUAUGGGGGACCAAAAUCCACAGCAGCAACAGAAAUUCCAGUUUCAGCUGGAUCAUAGGAAUGCUAAUAUUAUUGGUGGUCAAAAUCAACAGCAACAACAGAAAUUCCAAUUUCAGCUGGAUGAUAGCUUCUAUGGCCAAGGGGCUAUGGUGGGAAACAACAUCACUGAAGCAACCAGCAUGCCAGUGAACAAUCCUGUUUUCUCAUCAACUGAAAAUCAGUUUGAUCACUGCAAGGCAUUUGAUUCUGCAUUUGAUACCAAUGUCAAUGACAAUAUUACUGACUUCAGAUUUGGCUCUCCGUUCCCCAGUCCACCAGUUGAUUAUUCCAUGGAUCUGAUUCAAAAGCAGGAUGUUGGCAUGUGGUAUGUCUAACGAAAGAUGCAAAAUACCUUGCUGCUCUCCCUGGUUCUGCACUAUCCUAGAAGGGGAAACAGCUAACAUUCUGGGAAGAAGGCCAUCAUCAACACAGUUUCUGCUUCAUAGCGCAGAAACUUCUUCCUUACGAGUCUUAGUAGUUUAAUAUGUUCUUAUAUGUAGAUGUUUAAGACAUUUGUGAACUUCUGAGUUUCUGUUCUGCUUCUUUAUCUUGCCAAGUCUAGGAUUUCUAGGUUGCUUUCUGUGCAGUAUUGAAGAAGGGCCAAUAAUGAACUGGCAAGGACCAAACCCAUAUUCUGUACUGCUGUUGAAAAGUUCAUAUCGGCAUGUAGUCAAGUAUAUGUAUGAACUGGCAAGGACCAAACCCAUAUUAUGUACUGCUGUUGAAAAGUUCAUAUCGGCAUGUAGUCAAGUAUAUGUAUGAACUGGCAAGGACCAAACCCAUAUUAUGUACUGCUGUUGAAAAGUUCAUAUCGGCAUGUAGUCAAGUAUAUGUACACAUACAUCAAUAUAUGGUGCUUUCAUACAUUAUGCUA